GAGGAGGAGAGGGGACGGGAAGAGAAGAGCCGAGCCGCCGGUGGGGCUGUGUGUGAUGGGGACAGCGCAAGGUCGUGCGGGUCGGAGCCUGGCCCCGGCGGCAAGGCCGUGAGGACAAACGCGGACUUCAAGAUGACAGGAAGAGAGUUUCUUGAACUAGAUGCUCCACAGCAUAGACUAUAUUUGGAAAGAUUUCAGCGGAUGGAACUCAUACAAAAGAUAUUCAAUGAGCUUCCUAAAGCAGAUCAGAAUCUGUGCAAUCAUGGAUCAUACUUCCUAGCAGCAAACGCAAGCUUAUGUGGCUUGGCAGGAAAUAACUUCUUCAGGAACAUCCUACAUGUCCGAAGAGCUGCCAUUAUAACUGCAUUGCCAAUGGCCGUGCUGCCAUUUAUUUCAACAGCAGCAGUUUAUGAAAUAUUUGUGCGUCAGCCUUUAUUUUCAGGUGAGCUGAACUGUGAGGUCUGUGCUGUGGUCAGAGGAGGACUGGUGGGGGCUGUUGUGGGUGGACUCUACCCUAUUUUCCUGGCUAUCCCCUUGAACGGAAGCCUUGCAGCCAGGUAUUCUUCAUCACCCUUGCCAGGGAAGGAAAAUCUCUUGCGCUUCUGGCUCAGCAUUUCUCAGCCUGUCUUUAGAAAGAUGAGCUUGGGUGUACUUGUACAGGCUCUGACUGGAUUGUAUCUUGCCAGUAAACAUCAUGGAAUAUAUGUCAAAAUACUGCAGCAGAUAAACUCUAGCAGGGAUCCUGAAGAGUUACAAGGAUGAAGUUAAGCAGCUUUUCAGUUGCCUUGGAUAAGUAAUCAUAAUAAACAAAGCAAGAA